CGCAUCUUUCCGCUGUAUUUUGAAUUGUGAGGUCUUACUUGUGUGACAAAUAUACGAAGUUUUCAGAAGAUGCUACGUUUCGGAACUUUUUUGGCGGUAGCUAUUGCGCUAUCUGCCGCAGCACCCCAGGGUAUCUCCGACAAUGUUCUGGAGCUGGACCUCUCUCCCGAAGAGGCACAGAAGUACCUGAGCAACCCACCCUUUUCGGACCCCAAGUUGUCCGGUCUCGUUGCAACUAAGAACUUGGUUAGGUACGAUGACCCCAGCUUUCGCUCAGCUGAUGCAGGUCCCACUCUCGGCCAUUACUGGAGGAAUGGUCAUGAAAUCGAAAACCCAGACGCCUACGUAGAAGAGGUAUAUAACGCGUACCAGUACCAUGGUCAAGAUGGCCUAGGCGCUUAUGCGUACGGCUACGAAACCCCUGAGUCUGCCAAGGUCGAGAACAGAGCCCGGUCUGGUGACGUCACUGGCUCCUACACCUUCAAGGGCGAUAACAACGAACUUAUCAAGGUACGUUACUGGUCAGACAGCGAAGGUUUCCACCAAGAAGACAACAUCCCCAAGGUUGUUCUGAAGCCAGUUGAGGAAGCAGAGGAUGUCAGACAAGCUCGUCUCGCUCAUGAGAAGGCCUGGGCUGAAGCAGCAGCUGCUGCUCGCCAGAACCCUGACCCACAGGGAGAUUACUACAACAGAUUCGACUACCAGCCCGCCGCGUCCGAGUUGAGUGGUGCCGUCGUUGCCGCCCCCGGUCAGGCUCGUGAGGCCAAGGCGUACAACCCGAACGCUCAGUUGCCCUCAUACCCACCCUCACCCAAACCUGAGAAAUACGAAGAGCCCGAGCCUACUGGUCCUCCACGUGGAUUCUUCUACAAGUUCGACUACCCAGUCUCCAUUAUAGUACCUAAGAACCCUGAAGAAAAAGAGCCCAGCAACUAUGGUAAACCUUACUAGAGGUUAGAUUUAAAUUAUACGACAUCUUUGUUAAACUGGAUUUAGAAAGUAUUUUUGAAAUAGUAAAGGUAUUCAAACAAAAUACAGAUUCAAUGGUUUCGAGUAUUAAAAAAUUUGCAUAGCGAUCAGUUGAAACAUAUUUCAUACCUUAAGUCGAUAUUAUGUUAAAUAUGUCUCAACAGUGAACUCAAGACAAAUUCAGUUGUAUAGAAUAACAGUUAAAAGAAAACUUUUAUUUAUUUCUGCAAUAUUUAUAUUGAUGUUCAUAAAAGGAAAUAAAAUUAAGUGCUGUUUGAAUCUGUAUUUGGAAUUGUUAUCGAUUUCUAAUGAUGUUAUAAAAGGUAGUAAUAUCCGUUGCCAUUUUAGUUAAGUAGGAUAAGUUAGCAAUUUGUAAUCUAUUUAAUGAGUACUUUUGCUUGUCGUACCGUAAUGAAAGUUAAUAACAAUAAGUCUAUGAAAUUUCUCUUAUUUUAUAGAAGCUAAGAAAAUAAAUUACAAUUCUGUAAAAUCACGUGAUAAAAAAUUUUGAUAAAAAAUUGUAAUUAGUUUUUAACAUCUCUAACCAGACUGGAGUUUAAAAGUGUAACUUUGAAAUAAUAUUUUAAAUAUUUUUUUUAGAUAUUUCUUUCUAUUUACCUACUAAACAUUUAUUAAAACACUUUUCUUUCAAGAUUUGAAAAAAUUGCAAAAGUUAAACUCUUGAACCCAGUCUUGGUGAAUUAGAAACCUAAUAUUUUAUCAUUGGUAGGAUAACAUAAGACUUCGAAGCCAGUAAUAAAAUUUGUAUAAACAGAAACAAUAAAGUAUGAAAUUUUUAAAUAA